AUGGCCGAAAAAAUUGGCAGCACUGUCUGCGUAACCGGCGCCGGAGGAUACGUGGCCUCGUGGCUGAUCAAGCUGCUCCUCUCUCACGGCUACAACGUCCAUGGCACCGUCAGAAACCCUGGGGACGACAAGUACUUUCAUUUGAAACAGCUCAAUUACGCAGAUGAAAAACUAAAACUGGUUAAGGCAGACUUGCUCAGUUUUGACUCCAUUCUUGCUGCUGUCAAAGGAUGCGAUGGAGUUUUCCACGUUGCCAGCCCAGUUCCUUCUGGCUCUGUUCGUGAUGGUGUAUAUAUGCAGGUGGAAGUAGUUGCACCGGCGGUAGAAGGCACUCGUAAUAUCCUCAAAGCAUGCUUCCAAGCAAAAGUGGGUCGUGUGGUCGUUGUAUCAUCAGCUGCUGCUCUAAUCAUGAAUCCAAACUGGGUCAAGGGUCAAGUCAUUGAUGAGAAUUGCUGGUCGGAUAGUGAAUACUGCAGGGCAACUAAAAAUUGGUACUGUUAUUCGAAAACAGUAGCUGAGGCGGAGGCUUUGGAAUUUGCAAAGAACAACGAGCUUGAUCUUGUUACUGUGUGCCCGACAGCAGUCUGGGGGCCUAUGCUGCAGCAUACUCCGAAUGCAAGCACUUUGAUUCUCAUAAAGCUGUUGAGAGAAGGAUUUGAGGAGGUGGAAGACAAGAUGAUGAACAUAGUAGACGUACGUGACGUAGCUGAAGCUUUGAAGUUGGUGUACGAACACCGUGAAGCCAAAGGUAGGUAUAUAUGCACGGCCCACACAAUCAAAACUCAGGAUCUGGUGGGAAAUCUCAAGCAACUCUAUCCACACUAUAAUUAUCCCAAGAGCUUCAAAGAAGGUAAAAACUUGCUGAAACUGAGUUCAGAGAAAUUGCAGGGGCUUGGUUGGAAGUAUAGGCCAUUGACAGAGACUCUUGUCGAUUCUGUUGAGAUGUACAAGGAGGCUGGCCUUAUUCAUUCCUCGUGA